AUGGACGGUGUUCAGAGUACAGAGGAGGAACCUGUAAUCUGCAAAAAGCAUUUGUUUGUCAUUUCUGGUGAUGUGACACAAGAUCAUGACUCUGUCCUUCACAUCCAGAAGUUGAUAUCAAAGCAUUUUCAAGACUCUAAAUGCGUUAUUAAGAACAUGCAUGAAUUCGCUGAUAGAUGUGCAGGACAGUACAAGAGCAGACACUAUCUUGGUGACCUCUCCUGUUCCUUGGCUACUCUUGGAUGUACAGUCCAAAGAAACUUCUUUGCUACUUCACACGCUAAAGGAGAACAGGAUGCUGCUGGCUCACAUGUAAAGCAGAAGGCAACUACUGCCAUCCUCUGUAGGAGAGUCAAACUUCGUAGCACCCAAGAACUGUGUGACUUUCUUACAGAGAACUUCUCCGAGUCAGCAGCAUCAUCUUUUCCCUCUAAGUAG